ACUUGAGAGAUGAAUAUUAAGUACAUGCAUGUGAAUACAUUGAAAAUUUGUCCAACCUUGGGAGCUAAGGAAAAUGAUAUAUACGAGUGAGACAGAAUCAUGGUCCCUCGUAUAUUUUACUAUAUAUAGAUUCAACUGUACAAAACAACAAAAACGAUAACUUGAAGGUGAACAUGGCAGCAGGGUACACUUCCGGUUAUUAUUCUCUACAACACACUCCAACAUGGGCAAUUGCCAUUGUUUGUUUCGUUCUUAUCACCAUCUCAAUCAUCUUGGAUCAUCUCGUUCAUCUUAUAGUCAAAUGGUUGAGGAAACAUCAGAAGAGCGAUUUGGUUGAAGCAAUUGAGAAGCUUAGAUCAGAGUUGAUGAUCUUGGGAUUCAUGUCGCUUUUGUUGACAGUAACUCAAGAUGCUAUUACCGAAAUCUGCGUACCAGUAAAAGCUGCAGACACUAUGCUUCCAUGUCGUAAAAGUACUACCAAUGAUACUGCAGUUUCUGAUUCUUGCAGUGCCAAAAAUGCUAGUAAGGUUGCUUUAGUAUCAAAGCAGGGGAUUCAUCAGCUUCACAUGUUCAUUUUUGUUCUAGCUGUCAUGCAAAUUGUGUACAGUUUUCUCACCAUGUCUCUGGCAAGGGCUAAGAUGAGGCGCUGGAAAAGUUGGGAUGAAGAGACUAAAACAAUUGAAUAUCAAGUUGCCAAUGACCCUAAUAGAUUCAGAUACACAAGACAAACAACAUUUGGAAGACGGCACAUAUCUACUUUUACGGGUUCACCACUAUAUGUUUGGAUAAAAUGCUUUUUUAGACAGUUCUUCCAUUCAGUAGCAAAGGUUGAUUAUCUCACCCUGAGGCAUGGCUUCAUAUCAGCUCACUUUUCAGCCAGGAACAGAAACUUUGAUUUCCAAAAUUACAUAGAACAGUCACUUGAGGAAGAUUUCAGAAUUAUAGUGAGCAUUAGCCCAGUGAUGUGGUUCACAGUUGUUAUUUUUUUGCUCGUGGAUGUACAUGGUUGGCAUGCAUAUCUCUGGUUAUCCUAUGUUCCCCUCUUGAUGGUUCUAGUUUUGGGAGCUAAACUUGAAGUCAUAGUUGACAAGAUGGCUCUUCAAAUGAAGGAUAUCAAUAAUGUAACCAAAGGAACCCCUCUAGUUAGUCCAAGUGACAAUUUCUUCUGGUUUGGCCAUCCAGGAUUUGUGCUAACACUCCUACAUUACACUUUAUUCGUGAAUGCAUUUGAGCUUGCCUUCUUUAUAUGGGUAUCAACACAGUUUGGAAUAAAUUCUUGCUACCACGAACACAAAUCAUUUACAAUCAUAAGAGUGAUGAUUGCGGUGGCAGUUCAAAUUCUCUGCAGCUACGUUACUCUCCCCCUCUAUGCACUAGUGGCACAGAUGGGUUCACAAGUUAAGAGCAAAACUUUGGCUAAAAUUCUGAGGCAGUGGCAUGUUGAGGUUAGGGAGAGAAGGAAGAAGCAAGAACAACUAGCGAAGUCUCCUAGUUUUAGUCACAUAAAUCUGUCCUCAGAAUGGAGUGAAGUAAAGAAGAGUGCCUCUGAUCCUGAGUUAUCUUCCACACCAUGUGAUAGCAUUCAUUCCUCUGAAGAAGGAGAAAUUGUAGAAGAACUGGAACAUACGGUGAAAAUAAAAGCAAGCUCAUCAGGUGAUCCACCAUAGUGUUGUCCCAGUGGAAAUGCCAAAUUUGAGUAGUACAUGAAUUAGACCUUGAAAUAGUAUCGAUUGUCAGAUUCAUUUUGGAGACUUAAUUAAUAAAUUCUUAUU